AUGGUGUCAGAGACAGUUUACAAAGAGAAGCUGCAACACCUCACUCUUAAAGCAACUAAAUUAAGAUUAAGAACCUAUACUGGAGAGACUGUUCCUGUGUUAGGGGUCAUGAAUGUAACUGUGGACUACAACAAGCAGAAUAUGACUUUACCCCUGUACAUCACAGGAAACCGCCCAGCCCUAUUGGGUCACAGAUGGCUAGAAGAGCUCAGACUAAACUGGCAAGAGGUUUUCCUCGUGAAUGAUGGAACCACAGGUUCCUUGCGGGAGGUUUUGGAGAAACACUCCAAAGUUUUUGAUGGUGAACUUGGCAGCAUGAAAGACAUAACAGUUAAGCUGACAACAAAACCAGGAAGCACCCCAAAGUGUUUAAAGGCCAGGCCUGUUCCUUAUGCCAUCAAAUCGAAAGUAGAGGCUGAAUUAGACAGACUGGUUAAGAGUGGAGUACUGGAACCAGUGAGAACAAGUGAAUGGGCCACACCUAUUGCCCCAGUAAUGAAAAAGGAUGAGUCUCUAAGAAUCUGUGGCGAUUUCAAGGUCACAGUGAACCCAGUCUUGACUGCUGAACAGUAUCCAUUACCUCUCAUCGAUGACCUCUUCUUAGGUCUGGCUGGAGGGCAAAAGUUUAGUAAGAUAGACUUGUGCCAGGCUUAUCUCCAGAUGCAUGUUGUCCCUGAAACUCAGGAACUGUUAACUAUAGUGACACAUAAGGGUCUGUACAGGCAUCAGAGGCUCCCUUUUGGGAUUACUUCCACUCCAGCUCUUUUUCAAAGAGCCAUAGACCAAAUUCUGAGUGGUCUACCUGGGGUCCAGUGCUUCUUAGAUGAUCUGAUCACAGGAUCCGACGAAAAGUCACACUUGCAGAACUUGGAUGCAACACUGCAAAGACUGGAAGACUACGGCUUGAGAGUUCGACAAGACAAGUGUGAAUUUUUCAGAUCCUCUGUUGAGUACCUGGGUCAUGUUAUUGACAGUGCAGGACUGCACAAAGCGCCAUCUAAAGUAAAGGCUAUUGUUGAAGCACCAUCUCCAAAUAAUGCGAGCCAGUUGAGAUCCUUUCUAGGUCUACUGACAUACUAUGCGAGGUUUGUGCCUAAUCUUGCCAAUAAACUGAGGCCACUACAUGAGCUGCUAAACAACACCAAGACAUGGGAGUGGACCGCCAGAUGCGAGACUGCUUUUAGAGAAGCUAAGAUGGCUCUCUCUAACUCUGAUGCCCUGAUGCAUUUUGAUCCCACACUACCCAUUCAGCUGGCAUGUGAUGCCUCACCUUAUGGUGUGGGUGCUGUGGUGUCACACAUAUUGCCGUCAGGGGAAGAGAGGCCAAUCGCUUUUGCGUCAUGGACCUUGAGCAAAGCAGAAGGCCGGUAUGCACAAAUUGAAUGUGAAGCACUAGCUAUAGUUUUUGGAGCGAAGAGAUUCCAUCAGUAUCUUUUUGGCAGAAAGUUCACUCUACUGACAGACCACCGACCACUCACUUCUAUUUUUGGUCCCCACACUGGAAUCCCUUCACUAGCCGCCAGUCGCAUGCAGCGCUGGGCCCUACUAUUGUCUGGUCACCAGUAUGACAUUAAAUAUAGGAAGGCAGACUUGCAUGGAAAUGCGGAUGGGCUCUCUAGGCUUCCUUUGCCAGUCACGCAUGCAAAGUCAAAACCAGCUGAGAUCUUUUACUUCAAGGAAGUGACUGCAGCACCGGUAACCUCAGCUCAUGUGAAGAAACAUACUCACACUGACCCAGUCCUGUCUGAGGUGAUGGAUAUCAUCAGCCGGGGAAAGAGGGGUGUGAUGAUUCAGAGUCUGAAGCCAUAUCUAGUGAGGAGAAAUGAACUUUCUGUCCAGUCUGGAUGCCUGCUGUGGGGUUAUCGCGUCAUCAUUCCACCACCACUAAGAGGAAACGUGCUUGGUGAACUCCAUUCUGGGCAUUGUGGUGUGGUGAGAAUGAAAGAGAUCGCACGCAGCUAUUUCUGGUGGCCAGGCCUGGACGCAGCUAUAGAGGAAAAGGCCAAAUCAUGUCCUGACUGCCAGAAACUGAGAAAUGAUCCACAGCUGGCUCCAUUACAUCCGUGGGACUGGCCUGAAGAACCUUGGCAAAGAGUCCACAUAGACUUUGCUGGACCACUAGAGGGCCACAUGUUCUUAGUGGUGGUUGAUGCUCAUAGCAAAUGGCCUGAGGUUAUCGUAAUGAAGAAAACUUCCACAGAGAAAACUAUCGAAGAACUACGAUUGAUUUUCAGUCGUUUUGGAUUGCCACAACAACUUGUCAGUGAUAAUGGUCCACAACUGGUGUCUGAAGAGUUCAAGGCUUUCAUGGAAGAGAAUGGCAUUCAUCACAUUAAAUCAGCACCAUAUCACCCAGCUACCAAUGGGCUCGCUGAAAGAUUUGUUCAGACCAUGAAGCAAGCUCUCAAGUCUGCACAAGGCAUGUGA